AAAAGAUAUGAAAUAUAUUCUGACAGAAGAGCAUGUAGAUAUUCCUGAAAAGAUAGAGAUUAAGGUUAAUUCAAAGAAAGUCGAAGUUAAAGGUACUGAUGUUGAUUAAUCAUUUCAGGACCAAGAGGAAUAUUAAACAGAAAUUUCAAACAUGCAUCAUUGGAUAUCAAAGUUUAAAAGAAAUAGAACAAAUAAACAAAGAAGGAGAAAUCUAGAGUUAGCAUAAGAAUGUGGUAAUCAUACAGAAAACAAAAAUGUUAAGUGAACUCAGUUGCUUCUUAAAUAAAGAAUAUGAUUAGAGGUGUAACUUCGGGAUAUAAAUUCAAAAUGGUUUUAGCAUAUGCUCACUUUCCAAUUAUUAUUAAUUUAUUAGAAAAGGGAGCAGGUAUAGAAAUAAAGAAUUUUUUGGGAGAAAAAAUUAUUAGAACAAUUAAAUGUUUACCAGGAGUUGUGAUCACAAGAAAUGAAGCAGAAGAAAAGAGUAGAAUAAAUUAUUAAAAAUAAUAGAUGUUUUAACUCUUACUGGUAAUGACCUUAACAAUGUAUCAUUAACUUGUGCUCUAAUUCAUUAAGCUUGUGCUGUUAAAAAUAAAGAUAUCAGAUAAUUCUUGGAUGGAAUUUAUGUUUCAGAAAAGCGUUUAGAAGUUUGAUAGUGAGUAUUAUAAAGUACAUUAUGACAUAUAUUUCUAUUUUUGUUG